CUGCAGCCAAACUAGCAUAAUGUUGUGAUUGUUCCGAAUUUUUGAAUAUGUUCUCAACCACAAUGGGAUUUCCGUCGACACCACUUGAAGCCAAACAGGCGUUGGGAAUCUCCUCUGGGAUUAGUUCAGUGUCAUCCGGUCUCCGUUCGGGAAGUCCGAUGCUCUCCGCCAGCUACGAGCCCCAACUCUCGUUUGCCCGAUGUGUUGAGCAGUGGAAAGGAAAAGAAAUUGCAAGAUGGAUUGAAGGACUUGGCGAUCAAAUGAAUCCAUAUUUGGGCAUGAUUCGUGACAAUAUAAAAAGCGGAAAACAAUUGGAGGCUCUCGACGACGAUUCGCUCAAAAAAAUUGGCAUUUCGGCUCUCGGAGCUAGGAAAACGAUUUUUCAGGCUGUUUCGUUGCUUCUCUACUUUUGUCACGAAUCGGAACACGAGAAUCUCCAACGCCUGGCUCAACAAGUAAAAACCUCGUGUCUCUACGUAGAACGCACGAUGACGUCAGCGAUGCGAAUGCGGGAGAAAGCGAUCCGUCGAUCGGAAAUUGUGAAUAUUCUGAAUAGUGUGUCAAAUGCAGUGUUACAGCUCGCCGAGCACACGAAACGAUUCGUUUUUUGGCUUGAUCGGACUCCGUUUGACGAGGAACCCGAAUUUAUUAACGUUAGAAAUAGUGUUUCUUCUUUUAUGUGGAACCUAUUGAGAAAUGUUAAUGUACAACCGAAAGCUUUGUUUGAGACUGGAAGUCAAAUUGUUAGGAUGUCAAAAGAGCUGGCCUAUGAAUGCCAGAAAAUUGUCGACUGUGAUGAUCCGUUGAUCCUGUACGCGUGUUUUAUCGAAUCUGCUCUACUUCGCCGAAGAUCUGAUAAUAUUAAUUGGGGUCUCAACAUUCAAUCCUCAUACCGUGGUGUCCAUGUAAUUAGUGAAAUCAAAGAAGGAUCCCCAGCAGACGCGUGUACAAAAAUCGACGCAGGCGAUGAAAUUCUAAUGAUCAAUGGACGAACUGUUGUUGGAUGGGAUUUGACGAGUGUUGUUCAACAAGUUGGAGCUCUGGAUGUCCUGGAGCUCUCACUUAUCGUGAAACGCCGUCCCCGAGAGCCUCAACUACCGAAACAAUCGAAGCUGGCGGCUCGAGCUCUUGCUCCGUCGAGUCAGACGGCGAAGACCUAUUCAACAGAUGAUUAUGAUCCAUUUGGACAAUCUGAACCAUUGAAAAGGCAUCGAAGUUGUCAUGUGAUUUCGGAAAUUAUUAAGGAAAAUGAGAGAAAAAUCCGAAUAAGUCGCCGCCUAAUCCGCCGUUCCUCCAUAGCCUCUGCGUGUCCGAGAAAAGAACGAAAAAAUAUAGACGAACGAGCUCUAGACGGAGAUGAUGAAGAUGAUUGGGAUGUUCAUGAAUUUAUUCGAAAUGUAGAUGGAGAAGAAGAAGCAUUAGUUCCAAGAAUUGCUAAAAGAACAAGAACAAUGCGUCAUCAACCGGAUGGUUAUGUUCGAAGCUUUAUUGAUAAUAAGCUUGUUACUGAUAUUGAGGAUGAUGUCGUCAAUGAUCAGUUGACUUUUAAUGUCAAGUGUCCCAACGAGUUUGCUCAAAUUAAAGAAGUCGACAAAGAAGAACUGAAAGUUCUAAAUUUACCGGAAGCACGAGUUUCAGACGAAGAUUGGAAGGCUCCAUACCAAGAGUUUGCGGCUCCAAGUUUCCGAGCUGUCGGUGAUUCGAAUAUUUCCGGAUUUAGUCUGGAUUCGCCGAGAUUAUUGCCAGUUUCUAGCCGAAUGACGUCAUCAGUGGAAGAAUCAGCGUUCGGCGUACUCCCAUCCCCAUCCACGUCAUCAAUGAACAGUGUGAGCAGUCCGGCGCCAUUCGGGAAAUUUCAAAUGUCGACGAGUCAAACCGAGUGGUCACCGAACCCCGACGAUCUACCGGGCUCACCAAUAUCAGCCGCCUACGCAGGAAUGGAGAAACUGUUUGAAGGAUGGGUGCGGAGGCGGAAAACACGGGCGGAACUGAAUGCGAAUGAGCUGACGAAUAAAUGGCCGAAAAUAUGGAUGUGUCUACGUGGACAUUAUCUUUUGCUGUACACAAAUCAGAAUACGAAACGGCCUGAAAUGGUUAUCAAUCUGAUUAAGGCCACUAUUUCGGAUUCGACAGAUUUGAAGACUUCCAAGAAAAACAUAUUCCGCAUCACUGCUGCUCCGCUCGACUAUCAUUUUUCAUGUUUCACCGCUUUGGACUGGAGGAAUUGGACACAAAAAAUGAAGAUGGCUAAAGAGAUUUUUGCCAAUGCUGGCACGCAGCCAAGGAUUAUGUCACAGUCGGUCUCCAGUUACAACAAUGACUUGUCCGACCAGAAUUUCUUCCUCGGACAACAGACGGGCAGUGGCUUGAGCACAUUGCCACGUGUAACCACAAAUGGAAUGACGACCUCAAAGUCGGGAGGUCUCGGCGGCGGCGGUUUUAAGCAAAAAUAAUUUACGAAUUUUCUAAUUUUUCCCUCCAUCACCCUCCUUCUCCUGUGAAUAUUCAUGUCCCAUCUGUAAAUUUUCAGACUUUCAAUUUUAGUGGCCUAAAAAUUCACAUCCUAGGCCACCAACGUGUUUUUGGUGGAAGAGCUUUUUCCUCGGCCACGUGUUAUUUUCUAUUUUCCCCUGUAAACUGUAAACCCCGCACACACACACACACACAAAAUGAUCCUCUCCUCGUCCCGAACAUCUCGAUUUUCAUUUCUUCAGUUUCACACUCUAGUCCCACACAAACAAAAAAAUCCUUGUCACAAAACUUCACCGCAACCCAUUUUAUAGCGAGAAAAUCAGAAAUUUCGGUUUUCGUAACGAUGCUCCGAUAUUCCACAAUUUUUGGCCGGAAAAAAAGUUGGUGGCCGAGUUUUUUCUAUCCACGGCCACCUAUCAAUAUCAGAGUCUCGUUGCGCGAACCGAAAUAUCUAUUCAGCACCGCCCAUCGCCCCAUAUCCUCCCUUUGAAUACUCGUUGUCUCAUUUAUUGAUUUUUCUACUUUAUUUCUUGAAAAUAUAUAUAUAAGUAUAUAUAAUAAAUUCUCGCUCACUC